AUGCCUAAAACAUUAACAGAAAUUAAAAAAACAUCAGCAUAUUCUGAAGAAUUUGAGAAAGCUGUCAGUUUUAUUAAGAUUACUCGAGAAUACACUCCAGCAGUAGUGGCUGCGAUUGAAAAGUUGAUCCAUGCUCCACCACCCAAACAUCCCAAGCCGAAUGAGCUGGAAAGACUCGCUCAAGCAGCACAAAAGUAUAUGCCAUAUUUUGUUUCUGGCUGUUUCUAUGAAACAUUGCAAGCAACAGCUAAUGUGUGCAAUUCGGUUGCAAAACAUGAACGUGAAGUUCAAAUGGAAGCAUUUCAACGUGUGGUAACACCUAUCAAAAGUUGGAUUUUAGAAGAUUAUCCACGACUGAUGAAGGCUAUUCUUGAUAUCAAAAAAUGUUAUCAGUUAAAAGAUAAAAUGGAUAGAACAAUGGCAAGCGCAGAGGCUAGAAGAACUCCUGAACGAGUUGCCAAAGCACACGAAGCUAAAAAUAAACAUAAGCAAUUUUUUGAACGCAUCGAAAAUGAAUAUCAAUUUGAGCAAAAAGCAAAAAAUGCCUUCUCAGCAGCAUUUACAAAAUGUGAAGCAGAAAUUGAAGCAGGCAGUGCUGCAAUAAAAGAAUUACGCAAAGGUACUACGACAGUUGAAGAAACUGAAGUAAAAGAAUCUAAUAAAGAAGGCGAGAAAGAUGCUAAUGCUGAAGAGCAAGCGGAUUCUAAAAAGGAUGAUAAGAAGGAAGAAGAAAAAGUUUCAUCGAAAAAAUCUAGCCAAAAAUUAGAAAAAAAAGAUGAAUGCCAUAAGGAAGAUGCAAAAGAUAAUGAAUCUGCAGUUAGCAUGAAAGAUAAAGUAAAUGAAAAAGAAACGGAGAAGGAAUCUGCUGAAAAUCCUGGAGAUAAAAAGAAGGAAGAAAGUUCUAAAGACCUUAGUAACUUGACGUAA